AAGGCAUUGAAUGCAAGCAAUGCUUUGAUUGGAAAAUAAUCUAAUCUUUCAUUAAUUGCUAUUAUUAUUACACUUAUGAUUACCAUUCAGGCGAUCAUCACCACAAACAAGUCACUCAUCUGCUUGUGUCACAUCCAUUACCACUGAUUACCGAAGACAAUGGUCUGACGUUUGACGACCGCAAUGAAGAGGUCCACCAAAGGAUCGUCUAAUACACGACUCAUCAGGGAGGUGAUAGAGUUGGCCAAAGAGUUGGAGUCCGGCAUAACAUCCGCCAAAUCGUUGAAAUAUGUGUUGACUGAGAGUGUGGUGAAGAGCAGAGACCGGCUGAAAGAGGUCUGCGAAGACAUCCUCUACUCGUCGCCCAUAGAAUUCGGACGAAAGGCUGAAGACUUUCUGUGGAAACGAUGUUUUCACGACUUAAUGCAGUUUUACAAACGAAACAAAAAGCGAAUGACAUCUUCGGAGAUAUCUUUACUGCAAAUCCAUUUGACGACUGGGUUUGGGCUCUACUAUAGUCUCCUUUUAGGCGUUUCGAAGCACUACUCCAUUAACAUCCAAAACCUGAUGCCAUAUAUAACUGUCGAACAAAGUAUUGAAGAGUUUUGUCGCGAAAGUCAACCGAAUAACGAGGAAGUGGACGCUUGGGCCAGGAAUGCUAUCCAUAGGAUACUCAUCUGUAUGGGAGACUUAGCCCGUUAUCUCUUUGACCUGGAAGUGAUUGGCUACCGAGAGCUGGCCAUCAGAUUCUAUGAUUUGGCUCUCAUCUGGAACCCCGACAUUGGAAUGCCUUUCAAUCAAUUGGGAACUCUAUCCGAGUCUAAUAACUAUGGUUUGGAUUCAGUUUACUAUUAUAUGCGAUGUCUGACGUGUGAUAAGCCCUUCGAAGGCGCAGAGAAUAAUUUGAGACGAGUUUUUGAAACCAAUGAAAAGCGAUUGAAUGAAAUUGAAGACAAACAGUCCUCCGAAGAGAGUUACCGUAUGAUUGAGCGCUCGAUUCUGCUUUUCCUCAAGUUAUGCAAUGAGUAUUGGUUUAUAAAGUCAUCGGACAAUCAGUUCAACAAACAUAUUCUCCCACUUCUGCAACAAACUCUUCAGUCGUUGAACACGUCCUUCAAUUUGCAGCCAAAGCUUACCACCGAACAAAUGCCUACUUUUAUGACUCCGAUGACCACAUUCGAGAUGUCUGUCAUUACACUGAUUCUUGUGAACCGUAUCCAAGAACUAGAAGAUCGCAAGAACUCGGCUAAUGGCAGCCAAAUGUUUCCACUGAUUUUAAACUUUUCCAUCAAUUAUCUCAUGGCUGUUGUGGCUUCAAGUCAUCAAAGUGUGAAAAAUAAGUUAGGCUUAGAUCCGUUCAAAUUGAAUGGUCUGUCGUCUAUGAGUCCCGGAGUGUCCAAAGAGAAUACACCGGAUCUGUCGCCGCGUCGGGCGCUAUCAAGACUGCGAAGACGUAAGGCUGCCAUCAAUUAUGACGACAAGAAUGUGUUGAGUUUGGACGACGACGACUCCGAACUCAGCGAAUUAGAGGAAACCGCUUUGAGUACAAUCGAUGCGCUCGAGAUUGGAUCAGAUUUGAGUGAUUCUAAUGAAGGCAGCGAUUCAUACAAUUUGGACGUCACUAUCAUCAGUAGUGAUGAAGAGACUCCUUUGCCGCACAGAACUGUUGGACCCAAACAUUCAGACACUCCCGUAAUGCCUGUCGAAGACGUACUCAACUAUGUCUUGAAUGACAGUUAUUUGCCCACAAUUAAGAUGUACUGCGAUUGGUUUCGAUCCAAUCCCAACAUACUGUCCCUCAUUUCAAAUCAGCUCCAACUCUGGUUCGAAGAGUUUAUCAAUUUUGUCAACUCUUUGCUGAAUAUCGAGCAUAAAAUUCUGCAAUCGUUUCCAAAUUUGUCUGAAUUUAAGUGCUAUGGAGUCAAUUGGCACCAGAAGUUUCCAUUGGCUUCGGAUCUAAGCCUUUCAAACAUAGAAUGUCUGAAGAGUUCCUUUAAUGCCAUUUCCUUUGAAAGUCAGAGAGUACUCAACAAUUGCGAGAAAGGCUUUCUCUGUAUUGAAUCCAUUAUAGCAUUCACUCAUUUUGUCAGUGAUUCUGACUAUUGUCCAAAUGUUUACGGAAUUAGUUAUGACUCGAUUGAGAAUCGCUUCUCAUAUAAUAGUCACUCGAAUGGAACCAAUUUUAAUUACUUCCCCACAAAUACCUGGUCUGAAGACAACUCCAUAUUUGUUUCAUCGAAUCCGCAGUCGAUUAAUGAUAUUGAAGACAAUGAAUCGGUUGACGAUUCCAAACGACAGAAGAAAUUUAUGCGAAAUAUGGCUCAUCUUUGGCUUACAGCUGAAGUGAAUCAAUUGGAAAAAGAUGUGAGUUUUGCGCCUCAAUUGCCUCCUUAUAUGGUAUUGGAUUCGAGCGCUUACUGUCAACACUUGGACUUUAUUAAAGAGUUGACUCAUUCCAAGAGAUUCAUUAUAGUUGUGCCCAAAAUUGUUUUGGCGUCUUUGGACCAAAUGAAGAAAACCAACGCAACCGCGAGAGAAGCCAUUCGUUGGCUCGAAGAACAGCUACAGCGCGGGAAUCGAGUGAUAAAGUUUGCGAAAGACGCGGAGAAAUUGAAUUUAUCGCCCAUUAAAUACCCGAAACGCAAAGACAGAGAGGCUUUCGAUUACUACGAAUUGCUUGAAUAUUGCAAUUAUUUGAACACAAACACCAAAACUGACCGAAAAUUAAUUUACGGAAUGCCAAUGGUUUCCCUUUUGACACAUUCUUUCGAUAGAUGGCCAGCAAAUGCUGAAGCAGUGGCCAAGACUUCUGGAAUUCAUAUCGAAAGUGUGAACUCUUUUGUGACCAAAUGGCAGAACUCAGUCAAAGCUAUUACCUGAAGUGAACAGAAGGCUAUUAUAACUGGAUUUCAAAAUUUACCGAAUGAUCGCAGUCAGGUUUACGAGUGGUUCGGCUUUUACCAGUUAAUUGUGGUGAAAGUAAUCACUAAAACGAUUGCACCAAACAAUGAAUUCAUUCAAAAGUUAAUUGCAGAUAAAGAUCAACCAAUAAAUGGCAAAACUCAUUGGUAUAGUAGACAAAACACGUUUUGUCGAAAACAGACAAC